AUGUCCGCUUUCGCCCAAUCGGAAGAUUCCGAUGGCCAAGACUUCUCCUAUAUCUCCCCCGAGCCGGCGACCACAACCCCUCCCAUCCCACCAGAGCAGUCAACAAGCUCCGACGCAGAAGCUUCCCACGGCCGCAACCGCUCAAACAACCCGCUGCUGGGCAAUAACCAUGGCCUCGUCUCGGAGCUAGAACAAGAAGUUCUGGAUGAAUACUCCCGCCUCCUGCGGAAUGUGAAUCAGCUCUCCGAAAAAGUUGCCGAUCUCGCCGGCAACCCGGCUACCAUGACUCUAGACGGAAUGCGGCUACUUGAGCGCAAGACGGCGACAGUGUGUACUUUGCUCAAGGCUAGCGUGUACAGUAUCGUCCUGCAACAACAGAUUUGGAAUGAGAGUGAGGAGCAACAGCAACAGCAGGACGGACAGGAUCAGCACUUCCAGGACCAGACCUAUCAGCUUGGAGGUUAUGAAGGCGAUGGAGAUGUUACCUACCAGUGA